GUAAUAUAUAAGAUGGGAACGAACUUGCAAUCAAGUUCAUCGAUCGAUCCACAACAUCACUGGGAGAUCACUGAUGGAAAACCGAUUGAAGAGAUGGGACCCGUUCUUCUAUCCUAUCUGAUCCUUCUAGGCGCAACAGAAUGCCUCUGCCAGACUGUUUCACAUCAACAACGGCGCCUGUCACCUGCACCUGCUAUUCUGUACGACGAACUGGCGCAAGGCUUGGUGAAUAGUGGGUGGCGGCAGCAGCAGCAGCAGCAGCAGCAGCCCUUCAACAUGGUACUGCCAAACGUGCUGAGACCCAGCUAUGAAGGGGGAAGAAGAGUCAUAGCAGAUGAUAAAACACCAACGAAUCUACUUACACUGGAAUGGCUUGGGGUCUUAGGCACUGAGAGGACCCAGCUAUCCCCUACGCACCACAAGCAUGAUAAUUCUCAGCCAACAUGGGACGAUACGAUUGGGAACUUUGCGAGCAAACGCGGUGGCCGAGACUCGAAUAACGAUGGGUUUCAAACGUCACUGAAUCGCCAACAACCGCACGAGCGUGUGAGCAGCAGCGUCCUUGUACCUGACAGAACGCUGAUUCUUCAGAUCGAAGACAGAGCGCCGCUAGCCAGCGACGCUAUCAGUAAAGAGGCACGGAGAGCAGAGGUUGGCAAACAGCAACACCAACACUCACCAGAGAAGGUGCAUGGGCGUAUGAAACCCUUGCCAAACUACUGGAAGCGACUCAUCAAAAUGUGGCAGCGCAAGAACAUGCUGCGGGAGCAGAGGAGAAGCGAACAAGCACGUAACAACUAUUGGGUCGACAACCCAGGGUUGCUAGUAAGCACUCUACAUGCUGCUGCCACGCCUCGUAAACAAUGGUGGUCGAGUAGUGACCUAUUGUUGCCAACGAUGGAGGAAGAAGUCGCAGAGCUUGCCCUAGAAGGAAAGAAAUAUCGCCUGGAGAACUCAAUUUUGGAUAGGAGAUCGCAAAUCUCUUCAAAGAAAAUCGCACCAAUGGCAGACGCCGACGACGAUUUACUUUUUAAGCAGGGCUUCACGACUGGUGGGGGCCAAAGCAGCCACGGACGCACAACUUACAGGAAUAAGAACAGACAAGUACCAGGCCAUCUUCAAUCGAAAACGAAGAGCUUGCGAUUGCACAGCACAGGUCGACGACCUCACAUUCACACAGAAAAUAUGCGAUUGGAUGAGCGCACAGGCACUGUCCCACAACAGGAUGAUCACAGGCCAUUUAACUAUUAUCGUGAAAUGUUUCACAACCCUACUUUCCGUAAGUACGGUCGGUACCCAGAAAGCAUGCGGAAAUACUAUGCUAACAGUCGACCAAAUGAAGGUAUAUACAGACCAGAUAUUGAUGAGACCAUUAAUAUCUCAUAAACAGCUAGCCGCAGGUUAGUUUGGGGCCACCUGCUAUUAAUCGCCGAGUGUAUAGUUACUUCCAUUUUCAGUCGACACUGAUGAUAAUUGAGAUGGUGCAGCCUGUUGGACAUAUGAGAGGUCAUAUCAUUUAGGCAACGCUAAUACAGGGAAAAUGUUUACAGAGUCAAUUAAGGUUACAGACAGUCUUCUGAUUAAUGAUCGAAUAACCUUAGGGAAAAGUUUCCCAUUACACGGGAAUCACAUCACCUGCUGAUCUUCAGUACCAACAUAUAUAUAGAGUUGGUGAUUGACAAAUAACAGAUGUUUUUUGUUUUGUAUAUGGUGAUUGCUAUGGUUUUCCUAUAACGUGUGAAACCAUAUAUAGGUAACCACCACACAUUAAUCAAUUAAUGUGCUUUUUGUCAGUAUAAAGACACAAUUCCUUCGCUGUAAACACUAAACACUCCUCUCUCAUAAAGUGUUUGUAGGUAAUAAAUAUGAAUUACACGGUUAA